AUGUCGACCAUUUCAAGUCUUCAAUUAGCAGCGAAUAACUUAAAUUAUAUUUCCAUGAUGUUUGUUCGAUGUUAUUGUUACGUCGUUAUACCUCUCGGUGUUGUAGGUCAUUUACUGAGUAUUUAUAUAUUUACUCGUCCUGCAUUACGAUCAAAUCCUUGCAGUAUGUACUUUUUAGCAGCGGCUAUUAUUGGAUUAGUGGAUACAUGUUAUACUUUACCAAUGAGAAUGAUUCAAUCUGGUUUUAUCGAUACAGAUCCGGGUGCACAUUCAGUAAUCUUCUGUAAAAUAACAUGGUUUUUAUUAUACUCAAUAAGAGGAUUGUGUCCAUGGUUAGUAGCCUUGGCUUGUGGUGAUCGGUAUCUUUCUAGUUCCACAUCAACGAAGAAGAGAUCAUGGAGUUCUCCUCAUGUAGCUAGUCGAAUCAUACCACUGACAAUCUUUCUGGGUUUUAUCGUAUAUAUUCAUAUACCGUUCUUUUUCAAGAUUGAUAUUAUACCAGAUACUCAAACACCCAUUUGCUAUCCUCCAGGUCCUCCAGGGAUUUAUCGUAUCAUUUUGUCAUUUUUUAAUCUGAUAUAUUUUGGAUUAUGUCCAUUAUGUUGUAUGUUACUUUGUAGUAUAUUGACAUUCAGGAAUAUGGAACGAUCAAAACGACUUCAUGUAGUUCCAUCAAAUAUUAUGGCAAAUCAAACUAAUCAAAACAACCAACGUACCAAUAGAAAUAUGCUUCGAAUGUUAUUUAUUCAAGUAUUUGUGUAUUGUGUGACAAUAUUGGCAUAUUCGACUGCAACGAUUUAUACAUCAAUAACUGCUCUUCAAACACAAACUGUCUUUCAAGUAGCUCAAGAAAAUUCUAAUUUGAAAUCAACGAGAAAUCUUUCAACUUAUUUGAUAAAAUCAUCAACUAUGCAAGAUAACAGAAUACAUGUUGAAAAUAGUCAGUCAAUUAACAACGAUAUUCCUUUAACAACAAAUAUUGAACAAGAAACAUGACCAAAUAAAAAAAUCAAAGAAACAUUAACAACAACACCUUCACCCCUAACAGAAAUAACAACAUCAAAACCAUUGAAAUGGAAAAAGAGUGGAAUAACAAUCGUCGGAGGAGGGGACGCGGGUUAUCAGUUAAAUGAACUCCAUUAUCCACAAGGAAUCUGUAUAAAUGAAGAGAAUAAUUAUAUUUAUAUUGCUGAUUCCUCAAAUAACCGAAUUAUGCAAUGGAAAAUUAGUUCAAGCAAUGGAGAAAUUGUUGCUGGUGGAAAUGAAGAGGAUGAAGAUGAUAUUCAUCAAUUGCUUACUCCAUCCGAUGUUAUCAUUGAUAAAUAUAAUAAUAAUUCAUUAAUCAUUUGUGAUCAAAAUAAUCGUCGUGUAGUUCGAUGGUUUCAUCAAAAGGAAAUCGAUCCACAAGUUAUUAUUUCUGGUUUUAUGUGUAUUGGUUUAGCAUUAGAUAAAGAUGGAUCUCUUUAUAUAACUAUUUUUGAUGGAGUGUUACGAUUGAAUCAAGGCGAUAAAAAUGGAAUAAUCAUUGCAGGUGGAAAUGGUGUUGGAUCUGAUCUUAAUCAACUAGAUAAUCCUACUUUUAUUUUGGUUGAUGAUAAUUAUUCGAUUUAUAUAUCAGAUACACCAAAUCAUCGAAUAAUGAAAUGGAAAAAAGAUGCAAAAGAAGGAAUUAUUUUUGCUAGUGGAAAUGAUAGUAAUACAUUAGAUCGUCCUCUCGGAUUAGCUAUGGAUCAUUUAGGUCAAAUAUAUAUUGCAGAUUCGUUAAAUCAUCGAAUAAUUCGUUGGCGUGAAGGAGAUAAAGAAGGUGAAAUAAUUAUUGGUGGAAAUGGAUAUGGAAAUUUGUCUACGCAAUUAAAUACACCUCAAGAUUUAGUAUUUGAUAAACAAGGCAAUCUUUAUGUUAGCGACGCUACAAAUAAUCGAAUACAAAAAUUUGAAGUUGAUUUUGCUUAA